AUGGAGUCCUUGUCCCCUCCUUUAGAGUCUGAGGGGGACGGGUUCCCUAGUGGGUACGGAUCCAGGGACUCAAUCAUCAGAGCUGGUCCAGAGAGAGACUGGAAAAGACGAAGGCCUGGGCAGACAAAGAGCACUGACAGCUGCAGCAGCUGGGAUCGAGCCCCGGUCAGGGCUGAGGUCGGCCCAGAGAAGAAGCAGGCUGCGUUCGGACUGAGUGGAGGUGCAGCCAUGCGCUGCUCCACCCUGCUUGCCAUCUUCACCAUGGUGAUCCUGUACUUGGUGCUGGGCGCCGUGGUGUUUCAGGCACUGGAGGCCCCGUUAGAAGAGGACGAGCACACGAGCCUGCUGAGCUCUCUGCAGAAUAAAUCCACGCACUUCCUGUUAAACAAUUCCUGCAUCGACCCAGAAGUGCUACAGAACUUUCUGCAGGAGGUCGUGGAGGAGCUGGACGCAGGUAUAAAUGUCAAAGACAACUCCACCUUUGUCAGCAAAUGGGACAUAGCCAGCGCCUUGUUUUUCUCAGGGACUGUCAUCACAACCAUUGGGUUUGGAAACAUCUCCCCGCAGUCAGACGGAGGGAAGCUGUUCUGUAUUUUCUACGCUCUAGUGGGAAUCCCGAUGUUUGGUAUUCUACUGGCUGGAGUCGGAGACCAUCUGGGUACUGGCCUGAGGAAAACCGUUGCCAAAAUAGAGACCCUCUUCCUGAAGUGGCGCGUCAGUCCCACCAUUGUGCGUGUGAUCUCAGCCAUCCUGUCCAUCCUGCUGGGUUGCCUGGUCUUUGUUGCAGUGCCUACUCUGGUUUUUCAAAGAGUGGAGAACUGGACCUUACUGGAAUCUGCCUACUUUGUGGUUAUCACACUGACCACAGUGGGCUUUGGUGACUAUGUUGCAGGGGACAAACGUGAGGAGAUUGACCCCAGUGAAGACCACUGGAACUACCUCUGGAGAAACCACCUGUACAAGCCUCUGGUGUGGUUUUGGAUCCUGCUGGGUCUUGCAUACUUCGCAUCCAUCCUAACAAUGAUUGGUAACUGGCUUCGGGUUUUGUCAAAGAAGACCAGAGCUGAGAUGGAGGAACUGCGAGCUCACGCCACUGACUGGACUCAGAACAUCCACCAUAUGUCAGUGGACUUUCACAUCCCAGGAAAAAUCGAUGACCCGUUCAAACGUCGCAGGCGAAAGCGCCGCCACGGCCAGCGCAGCCACGGUCACAGCACAUCAGCCAACGGGGCCCCCGAGGGGCCAGAAGAGCAGCACGAGAACGGAUCAGAAUCUGGCACAUACUCCUCCUCUUAUUCUUCUUCAGAAUCUGAGUCUGGAUCAGAAGCAGGCUCUCAGGCCACUCAGACCGACCGAGUUCCUGAGGAGAAAACCAAGGAGGAGCUUCCUCCAGAUGCUCACAUGUCACAACCUUUGGACUACUUUGGGGAAAACCUUGCCUUCAUUGACGAGUCCUCAGAUGCUCAGAGUGCUAGACUACAUGUGGAUCCCCUGGUCGAUCCGAAACAACCCAACUCUCGCCACGCAAAGAAAAGACGCCACAGAAGACCCGUUCAUCGGAGGAGCCCUAAAACCAAACGCUCCAUCGACAGACAGCAGCCCAACGGAGACGCAAAGCCUGUUCAAGAUCUUCCAGUGAAGCCUCAAGACUGA